AUGGAGGAGUUAGAAAAAGGCAAGAGACAAGUGGAUCUGGCCAGACAAUAUGGAGUGAAUGAAUCGACGAUCCGCACUAUCAAGAAGGAUGCCGGCAAAAUAUAUGAACACAUGAACAUUACCACGUCUGUAGGUGCCUCGCUGGUGAAAUAUUGCCACAAUAAGGUGCUGCUGAAGACCGAGAGUUUGUUGGUAAGCUACAUUAUUCGUCAGUCAAGAAGGAACAUGGCGGUCGACAUUCGGGCACUGCAGGACUACGCCCGAGAAUUCUAUGCAGCACUAGCAAAAAAAAUGGGGGUUGCAGAGCCCAAGCCCAUCAGUGCUUCCGCUGGGUGGCUGCAAGGUUUUAAACGACGCAGCAAGAUCACGAAUAUUGAGAUCGUCGGAGAAGGAGCAAGUGCCGACCGGGCUGCCGCCAGGAAUUUUCCCCCAUUUUUACGGAAAAUUAUGGAGGAAGGACAGUACACCGACGACCAAGUGUUCAAUAUGGAUGAAUCAGGGUUGUACUGGAAGAAAUUGCCAUCCAAGACCUUCUUAGUCAUGUCUGCUAGCAAUGAGAGCGAGGAACACGAAAAAGAUUUGGCGGACCAUGAAAUGAGGGUCAAGCAGUUCUGGAAGCUGUUUAACGUGAAGAAGGCUGUUGAUUUCUUGUUGGAGGGUAUCCCAGGUGGGAGGCAGAGGCAAGCAGUGGCUGGCGAGGCUCAGUCUGUUGCUGUGGCAUUGGAGAAUGCAACAGGGGCUGCACAAAUAAUGCGCCAAGCCACCAUUGAUGAGCUUUCUGACAAUAUCAAAGUGCUCUUUCUACCUCCAAAUACAACAUCUCUCCUUCAACCAAUGGACCAAGGAGUAAUAGCAGCCUUCAAAGCGUAUUAUUUGAGGCAUACAUUUAAGAAACUCAUUGCAGCUACUGAGGAAGGAGAUGAUAAGGCCAGUGUUCCUCAGCAGCUACUGAGGAAGGAGAUAAGUGCUGAUGUUGAAGAACUGUUGGAGUCCCACUGUGAAGACCUCUCUACAGAAGAUCUACAACAACUUGUUGCUGCUGGGGAAAUAGAAGAUGCCGAAGAUGAAGAAGUGCAGGAUGCAAAACCACGAGAGCUUCCCACUUCUCUUUUGACUUCUAUCCUGAGGGAAGUGGAUAAGCAGUUGCAGCUCUUGGAAUGA